UACCGUGUGGAAGAGGAAGAGGUGGUUCUGAAAUUUCUCACCUUAUCUUCUCGAUAGCAUUCUGCGUAUCCCAAAACCAAGCUUGCUGCAAUCAUGUUUCUUGUUUUCUUGCUCUUUUCUUAUUCCACGCUCCCCCUUUCUGCUGAUGAGCUCCGUUAUGUGCCUUCAGAUAACUUUGCAUUCGAUUGUUCCCUAUUAGAUACACCAUCUUAUUUUAGACCAAAUUAUAACAUUGAACAAAAUUUCAGUUCUUCAACCGUGUCCAGAAUAAAUAAUAUGGAACCUCACGACCGUGGUAAGAAACCAGAAACUUCUGCUUGCAUCAUUAGAAAACAGCACACUUACCCAUUUUCUGUCUCCACUGGCCCCAAGUUUGUUCGCCUAUACUUUGUACCAAUCUCUGAUUCAAGGUUGAAGAUAUCCAAGGCAUUGUUCUCCGUCAGCAUUGGUCAGUAUACAGUUCUAACCACUUCUGAAUCCUCCUAUUACAAACUCAACUCAGAUGCUGGUUAUUUUGUAAGAGAAUUCUGUAUCAUCACAGAUGGCCAAAUAUUAAAUGUGACAUUCACCCCAUCUUCGAAGAUUUCAGGUGCCUAUGCUUUUGUCAACAAGAUUGAAAUCGUCUCCAUGCCUUCAAAGCUUUACAUCCAAGAAAAUGUUCCACUUCCACUCAUCGGACGACCUUCUCACUACUCUAUGGAGAACUCUACAGCCCUUGAGAUGAUGCACCGGGUGAACGUAGGAGGGGAUUUUAUCCCUCAACCAGAAGAUACUGGCAUGUUUCGAUUCUGGACAAGUGACAUCGAUUAUAUUAUAGAUGAUGAAGCUGAGACGAGUAAUAUUGAAUCAGAAGUUCAAAUUCAGUCAAGCUCAUUGACACCUGCAUAUGCUGCUCCAGACCAAGUUUACGCAUCUGCGAGGACAGUUGGGGAUACGUUUGCAGGCAACCAUAGUGCUAGAUGGUCAUUUCCUGUUGAUUUCGGCUUCUAUUACCUUGUCAGGCUCCACUUCUGUGAGAUUUCAAGCAGGAUUCACAAAGACGGUAAAAGAGUGUUUCAUGUUUAUAUCAACAAUCAAACUGCCGAAGAUAAUGCUGAUAUUUUCCACUGGAGCCACGGUGUUGGAAUUCCCAUUUAUAGAGACUAUUUCAUCAACUUUUCAGAACCAGGAGAAGGCAUAAAGCAUCUAUCAAUCACCAUAGGAAGUAAAAAUGGAUCAUCUGCAAUGCAUGAAGUUCCAAUUUUAAAUGGGUUGGAAAUUUUCAAGUUGUCUGACCAUUCUAACAAUCUCGCAGGACCCCAUCCAUUCGGAGUAAGAAAUCCGCAUCUGCAUAUUUCAGACUUCAAUAAAGAUCAUAAUGCUGUCGAUUUAGUAUCCCAUGUUCUUGGGACAAGUUUUGUUGUAAUAAUUCUCCUCGUCUUAUUCAGUUCCAUAAUUUUAACAUUUAAGGACAGAGAAAAAUUUAAGCAAGGGCAAUCAUCAGGCAAUUAUCGAAUCUUCUCAAUUGCUGAGAUAAAGUCAGCAACCAACAAUUUUUCAGACACUCUGCUCAUUGGCACCGGUGGAUUUGGGAAGGUCUAUAGAGGAUCCAUUGACUAUGGCAGCACCAGUGUUGCUAUAAAGCGUGCCAAUCCAAGUUCACACCAAGGUUUGAAAGAGUUUCAAACUGAAAUCACCAUGCUUUCAGGGCUAAGGCACCACCACCUAGUAUCUCUGAUCGGGUACUCAAUGGAGAAAAAAGAAAUGAUUCUUGUUUAUGAUUACAUGGCUCAUGGUACGCUACGUGAUCACCUCUACAAGACCCAGAAGCCUCCACUUCCAUGGAAGCAGAGGCUCAAGAUUUGCAUUGGAGCAGCACGAGGACUCCAUUACCUGCACACAGGUGCAAAGAGGACUAUCAUCCACCGAGACAUUAAGAGCACCAACAUAUUGUUAGACGAUAAAUGGGUUGCAAAGGUCUCAGAUUUCGGGUUAUCAAAAGCUGGCCCGAGUGCAAUGUCACAGUCUAUGACUAAAAUACAUGUUUCAACCAUGGUGAAGGGUACUUUUGGUUACCUAGAUCCUGAAUAUUAUCUACAACAAAAACUAACAGAAAAAUCUGAUGUAUACUCAUUUGGAGUGGUACUGUUUGAGACUUUAUGUGCCAGGCCUGCUGUGUUGCCAGUGGAAGAAAUUAAAGAGGAGGAAGAGUAUGAGAAAGCAAGUUUGGCACAAUGGGCAUUGCGCUGCUGCCAAAUGGGGAUUCUUGACCAGAUAAUUGAUCCAUAUCUGAAGGGAAAGAUUGCCCCUGAAUGCUUCAGGACUUUCACUGAUAUAGCAAGUAAGUGUUUAGCUGAUAAGGGAAGUGGAAGGCCGUCCAUGGCAGAUGUGUUGUGCAAUUUGGAGCUAGCAAUGCAGCAGCAGAAUGCUGCUGAUUUGCAGGAGGAGAGGGGUACAAAAGAGGCUAAUGAAAGGAUGAAUGGUGAUGUUUGUAUAAUGAUAGAUGGUGGACAAUGCAUUUGCUCUAAUAAUUCAGAUAAGACUCCAGGAGUGGAAUUCUCUGAGAUCAUGGUUCCCACUGGACGUUGAUGAGAAUUUUACAUUUGUAUCUAUAUUUUAUAUUUCUGUUAGCUUAGUUAGAGUUAACAAUAACGGGCUGUAUAUCUAGCAUGUAGCUGUUAUUUUCCCUCAUAUUUUUCUUAUUUGUUUUCUGUUGUAUACAAGGAUGGUAGUUAUGUAACAAUUGUUGGUUUUUUUUUUUUUUUUUUAAGAAACCACCUUAAGUUGUAUAGGAGAGUUUUAAGAAUAGUUAUAUAUCUUUCUAUUAUUUCUUUCUUUUUAUCAUAAUAACUUUUGUAUCAUGAUAUAAGAACAGAGA